AUGCUGCCCCUUCUGCGCAGCAGAUUGGCGUUGGCGCCCAACAGCCGCUUUUCUCACCAUUUGGCAUCAAGAGGAAGCGUUGUGGACUCUUUCCGUUCCUCAACUUGGACCUCCCGGCACCUCAGCUGCAACCACGAGAAGGCUUUUGUAUCCAUCGCCCGCCAGGCUGAUCGUCCUAACCAACCUCUCCAUGCAUCGUCACGGUCCCUUCGCGUGCUUCCAAAGCCGAAGCAGCUUGCAAACAUCCGCAACUUCACCUCGACCUCCGGCAGAGCAGGCCAAUCACACUCGUACUCGGACUCGCGGAUCGGACGGAUUACUUCGAUAGCCAUCGCUGGUCUGGGAACUGCGCUCGUUCUAGACUACUAUCUUGCGCAGAGUCCACUGCAGGCUGAGCCUGAGACCCAGCCCAAACCGCAAACCCAGACGCAACCACAGCAUGGUGACUUCGCGCCUCCCGUACCAGAAGAAGAUGAUGAAGACCUCCAUCGACGUAAUAUCAUAGUUCGAGCUUUCAUCAAGGUCGGCAAUGUCAUCCAUGCCUUGAUCAUCGAGCCCAUCGGCACAACACGCCGUUUCCUCUACCUCUGCAUCCUCUUCCUCCCCGUCAUCUUCACCGCUCCGAUGCUGCUCAUCGGCAGCAGGAGAGAAAAGGGCAGAAUGCGAGGCCGAAAGGUGCGCAAGGACGAAGAGGGCGAUCGUUGGGGCGCCAUCUGGUGGUACUCGUUUUUGGUCAAGCAGAUGGAACGCGCCGGUCCCACCUUCAUCAAACUCGCUCAAUGGGCAGGAAGCCGUCAGGAUCUCUUCCCCGACGAGCUCUGCCAGCGUCUCGGUCGACUCCACUCCAACGGCAAACCCCACUCGUUCCGCUACACCAAGCGCGUCAUCGAGCGAAUCUUCCAGCGCAAAUUCGACGAGAUCUUUGAGCACUUUGGUCACGAGCCCAUGGGGAUCGGAGCGGUCGCGCAGGUGUACAAAGCGACGCUCAAACAUGAUCUGCUGCCACCUGGAUACAAGCGAGCCAAGAAGGAGGCCACCAAAGGCGAAGCCCAGCAGAAGCUCUCCAAGACGCUCGCGCUGUCGUACGAAGAAGACGUCGCGCCUCCUCAGAUCCCCACCAACAGCGUCGCCAUCAAAAUCCUGCAUCCUCGCGUCGAGAAGACCAUCGCACGAGACAUCAAGAUCAUGCGCUUCUUUGCCAAACUCAUCAACCUCAUUCCCGGUGCCGAAUGGCUCUCGUUCCCCGAGGAAGUCGACGUGUUCUCUGAAAUGAUGUUCUCGCAGCUCGACCUGCGCAACGAAGCGAACAACCUCAGCCGGUUCGAGGAGAAUUUCGCCCGUCGUCGAUCGGCCAUCUCCUUCCCACGCCCUCUCACGCAGUUCAGCACCAAGCAAGUCCUCAUCGAGGAGUACGAAGAUGCUCUGCCCCUCAAACACUUCCUGCAGAUGGGUGGGGCCAAAUUCGACCACCGCAUCGCCAACCUGGGUCUGGAUGCCUUCCUCAACAUGCUGCUCAUCGACAACUUUACCCACGCCGACCUGCAUCCCGGAAACAUCAUGAUCAAGUUCUACAAGCCUUCCACCGAGUCUCUCCUCUCGGACCUGUUUGCGCGGAUCCUCAGCAAGUUCGACAGCGACUACGCACCGGGGCAUCGCAAAGCGCCUCUGACACCGGACGAGCAGGUGGACCAGAGCAUUGUCGACCGUCUUCGUCCCUUGCGCCACGACCAGGAUGCCUGGCUGGACGAGCUCGACCGGCUCGACGCGCAAGGCUACCAGCCCGAGAUUGUACUCCUCGACGCCGGUCUCACGGUCGAGCUGACCCCGCUGAACAGGCGCAACUUCCUCGACCUCUUCUCUGCAGUCGCGCAGUUCGACGGCGCCCUGGCGGGACAUCUCAUGGUCGAACGCUGUCGCUCACCCGAACUCGUCGUCGACCAGGAGCAGUUCGCCAUGAAGAUGCAGGACCUCGUACUCAGCGUCAAGUCCAAAACGUUCAGCUUGGCCAAGAUCAAGAUCUCGGACGUGCUGAACAAGGUGCUCAUGGCGGUGCGGGAUCACCAUGUCAAGAUGGAGGCCGAUUUCGUCAACACGGUCAUCUCGAUCCUGUUGCUGGAAGGAAUUGGGAGACAGCUCGAUCCGGACAUGGAUUUGUUCAAGUCGGCGCUGCCGAUCUUGAGGCAUCUGGGUAGGGAGCUGCAGCACCAGGAGGGUGGGGGCAUGCACGUGCCCAAGAAGGAGGAGAUCAAGAGGGCGUUGCCGAUGUUGAAGGUGUGGUUGUACAUGGAGAUGCGCGGACUGGCGAGCGCGUUCACCGAUGCCAAGGUGAGCACCGUCGAUGCGUUUAUGCGGUACGGAUGGCAUUCCGAGUGA